AGGUUGGGCCGCAGUUACAGCCGCGUCCGCUCCCGGUUCCUGGUCCCUCCGCGGCAUGGCGUGCGGGGCGACGUUGAAGCGGCCCAUGGAGUUCGAAGCGGCGCUGCUGAGCCCCGGCUCCCCGAAGCGUCGGCGCUGCGCCCCUCUCCCCGGCCCCACUCCGGGCCUCAGGCCGGACGCCGAACCACCGCCGCCGCUGCUUCAGACCCAGACCCCGCUGCCGACUCUGCAGCAGCCCGCCCCUCCCGGCAGCGAGCGGCGCCUUCCAACCCCGGAGCAAAUUUUUCAGAACAUAAAACAAGAAUAUAGUCGUUAUCAAAGGUGGAGACAUUUAGAAGUUGUUCUUAAUCAGAGUGAAGCUUGUACUUCGGAAAGUCAGCCUCACUCCUCAGCACUUACAGCACCUAGUUCUCCAGGUUCCUCCUGGAUGAAGAAGGACCAGCCCACCUUUACCCUCCGACAGGUUGGGAUAAUAUGUGAGCGUCUCUUAAAAGACUAUGAAGAUAAAAUUCGGGAGGAGUAUGAGCAAAUCCUCAAUACCAAACUAGCAGAACAAUAUGAAUCUUUUGUGAAAUUCACACAUGAUCAGAUUAUGCGACGAUAUGGGACAAGGCCUACAAGCUAUGUGUCCUGAAGCUUUCUUGCAUAUCUGGGUACCAGGUUUGACCUCAAGAGAUGGCUGCUGUACACUUUUUGCAACUGGUUUGAUAUCACAUUUCAGCUCCAACUUUGCAUCCUGAGAACACUUAAACGUUUCUGCAGGUCCAUUUUAUACAACUUGAAAGACCUUAAAACUUUCUGGUUGCCACAAGCAUAUCUUUCUUUUCUGCUCAUCCAAUAAACAGCUGUGCCCUACUGUGAUAGAUUUUCC